AUGCCUUCCACCAAACCUACCAAUGCUCCCGUGAGGGUCAGUGCCUCGGCCUCGAGCUCGAGCUCGUCGUCCUCGCAAAAGCCCACGGGCGUGCAGAAGAGCGGAAAGCCGCAGGAAAAGGGAACCAAAACCCACAAGAGAUCGCGUUCUGGAUGUUAUACCUGUCGGCUUCGAAGAAAGAAGUGUGAUGAGGGGCACCCCUCGUGCAAGGCCUGCACUAAUCUUUCCGUCAAAUGCGAAUAUAAGCGACCGAUGUGGUGGGGAAGCCCUGAGCAGCGAAGAAUGCAGAAGGAGCGGAUAAAGAACAAGAUCAAGCAAACCAAGACCUUGGAGCGGAGCGGGCAGCAUGAUGGUCUGCGAGCUCGCGUGAUUACAUCCCCUGACUCUGACAGCGACUUCAUGCAAGAUUAUCAUCGGCCGCUCGCAGAGAAAUGGGAUGCAUAUGGGCCUCAUUUCUCAACUCCAGGCUUCGUGCCCAUCACGUACAGUCAUUAUACCCCUUACGAAAUUGAUGUCAGAACCGAACGCCAAACUUUCGUUAAUGAUGUACCUCUGCGACACGACUCAUCUACUUCUACAUUCAGCGCUAUGGGCCCACCUGCACUGCACGCGACUCUGCCUACGUUUCCCCCGGAAGAGAUCUUUACAGGGGAAUUCGUCAAUCCCCCCCAGGCCUUCGAAACAGCUACUUUCCCUGAGCAUAGUGUGGGCUUGGCCUCUUCGUCUCUCAGCGCCAACAUUCCCGUCGACGACUACGAUCGCCCUCUUCUUGAUCAUUUCAUUGACAAUGUGCUUGGCAUGAUCUUCCCGAUUUUGGAAGUCCAUCAGCGGGCCUCUGCUCGUGCUCAGGCAAUCCUUCAGUCUCUCGAGACCAACAAGUCCUAUUUCCACUGUUGUCUGAGCGUGGCAGCAAUUCACCUAAAGACAACGACCGGCUUGACCGGCGAACAGAUUGAUCACGAUAUUAUGCGACACCGAUAUGAAGCAAUCUCUCAGCUAUGCCAGUCCUUAAACAGUGACAGGGAACACGAGCAAAUCCUUGACGCGACACUAGCGAUGAUCUUUUUCCACUGUUCUGUUGGUGCUCCCGAUGACUCUCUCCCAGAUAUCCCUUGGAGCGACCACUUCCAAGCGGUUUCAAACCUUGUUACCAAAUUGGACCUGACCAACGCCAUGAUUCCAUAUGGUGCCUACAUGGUGCCACCUUUCAGUAUGUCUCUGACAUCCUGGAUUGACAUCCUCGGUGCCACUAUGCUCGGAAGAACUCCCCAAUUCGCCCACACCUAUCGUACCAAGCAUUUGAGUGGAACUCCAUCAGGGCUGAGAGAACUGAUGGGCUGUGAUGAUAGAGUCAUGUACUUGAUUUCUGAGGUUGCCUGUCUCGAGUCACUGAAGCAAGAGAACCGUGUGGAUUCGAUGGCUCUCUGCACUCAUGUCUCAGACCUCGGAAAUCAACUGGACUAUACGGAGCCUGCCGACCCAGUACUCGAGAGCCCUUUCUCUCCUAAUGGCUCAAUUCGACCUGAGAUCCUCACAAAGAACAUGACUGCAUUAUUCCGCCUUGCCGCCCGCAUCUACCUCUGCAGCUUGGUUCCAGGUGCUGACCGUAGCCACACGAGCACCCAAAACCUGGUGAAUGGGGUUACCACUGCCCUUUCUUACAUCCCGGCUGGAAUGUUUGGAUACGACCGGUCGCUCGUCUGGCCACUUCUCAUCACUGGUGUCCACUCAGUCCCAGGGAGCUCAUUCCGUCAAGUAUUGACCGAUCGGACUGCCGCCAUGGGCGACCAUGCCGACCUUGGAAGUUAUGGUCGCAUGUAUCAACUACUGACCGAGUAUUGGCGACUGACCGAUGAUCCUGCCGGCCAACCAAUUGCUUCUCAAUGCUAUAUCUCAGAUCCAAAUGCCACAUAUGCCGGUCCUAGCUCUGAUCUUCCGAUGCAGCCACCUCUUCCGUCUCCUGGUAUGCGUGAGAUUAAGAGGCAACAGGUCCACUGGCGGGAUGUGAUGAACCGGAACGGAUGGCGGUUCCUUCUGAUUUGA